AUGGAGCCGGCGUCGCAGAGGAGCUCCCUCUCGACGGGAGACGCCGCCGCGUUGGGCCCCGGCUCGGAAGCGGGACUGAGUGGAGCUGUCCACGCCGUGGCCGCCGUGCUGCUUUGGCUCGGCGUGUGCGUGGGCUUGAGCGCAAACGCGCUGGUGCUGCUGCUGUUCGCACGGCGCAGGGUCCUGCGCGUCCCCUCCUUCAUGCUGCUGGCCAACAUGAGCGCCAGCGAGCUGCUGGGCAGCCUCUCCACCACGGCCAUGCUGCUGCUGUGGGGCCCGGGGCACGGCGCACGGGGCCAGGCCAUGUGUCUUUGGGAUGGAUUCUCGCUCACCCUCUUCGGCACCGUGUCCGCGGGGAGCCUGGCGCUGCUGGCCUUCGAGCGCUGCUCCAGACUCUCGCGACCCCAGGACCUCGACCUGUCUUGGGGUCGCCGUGCAUCAGCCGCUGCGUGGCUCUACGCGCUGGCCUGGUCUUCAGCCCCGCUGCUCGGAUGGGGUCACUACAUGCCCGAAUCGCACGGCCUGGGUUGUUCCCUUGACUGGAGACCCCAGGACGUGGCCUCGAACGCCUUUGUGCUGCUGCUCUUCCUCGGGUGUCUGGUUCUGCCCGUGGCUGCCACGGCGCUCUGCUACGGGCGAAUCGUGCUCACGAUCCGCGCGCUUCGUACUCGGUACGCAGCGCACACGCGGCGCGCUGCUGCCCUCGCCUGCUACGAGCAGCAGGCGGCACGGGCGUGGGUGCUCGUGCUGCUGCUCUGCUUCACGGCACGCACGCCGCACGCGCUGAUGGCGCUCAUGGAUGUGCAGAGAGACUACCACGUGGCAUCGGCAUCGUCGUCGUCAUCCUUCACUCCCGUCAUCUCUGCCGUGCCAAUGUUGCUCACCCGGACUACCGCAGCAUACCACCCCCUGCUGUAUAUUUUCACGAAUAAACAGUUCCGCCGAUGUGCGUGGGGGCUGCUGGUGUCUCGUUGGAGAGCGUGGCCAGUGGGGGAAGCAAUGGGGUCACCACCCACUGGCCAGGUGACGCACACCAUGGAGCUGGGGGACACCGUCCCCUCGCCCAGCAAGGCCACUCCACCACACAAGGAGGGGGCAGCCGUCGGCGAGACCAGGGCAGAGACGCACAAAGUAGCAGCCACUCGCAUCAUUCACGUGGCUCCUUGCACAAGCACCUCCAGCGGAAGUGUGCUGCUCACCUAGAUAAGAUAGACCUGCAGUUUUGUUGAAACAAAUUUUUUUAAACGAAUUUAGUAUUUUGUUUAAAAACCUAUUUCUUUAGUACUUUGUUCGGUUUAAUGCGGUCGGCGACGUAUGGUGGGAAAAAGUUCAACAUACAGGGGCUCCUCUACUUAGGAAUUAGGUUCCACAGGCCUGUUCGUAAGUCCAAGUUUACGCCUGUAGAUUCACAAAAUGUUGUACGGGAUGGACACUAAACACGGGGAAUGGCUUUAAAAGUUGUAUAAUCUCCUGUAGAUGCCACUGGUUCUUCAUGUGCUGCAGAUGCCACCACCACCAUCUAAAUGCGUGGCGGUUAAACAACUCUAUGUUCGAAUAUUCAACUCCACAUUGGUCAGGUUUGUUCGAAUCUCUGAAAGUUCGUCAAUCGAAUCUUCACAAGUAGGAGUCCCUGAACAUCCGCCAAACCCUUGUGCAGCUCUCUUGACGAGAUCAUUUCUUGGGCUUUCCCAACAAGUGAGUUAUCACAGGUGAGUACCGGACACCAAUGUCAUCCCAAGUGUGAGCAGCUACACUCAAGCAGCUCGUCAUUGUUUGCAAUGUACCCAUCACAUCAGUGACUACCAGAAAGCUGAUCUUUCUGAAUGCGUUCAUUCAGCAGAUACGCCGAGUUAAGAAAAUCGUAUCUACUCAGUGGCAUGACAAGAGAAA